AUGACCGAACGCACCCAUCUAGCUUUUCAUCAUGACUCACAUCUGUCUACCCUCCAAACCACCAUCACAUCCAUAAGUCCUUUCCUGACGCUUUCCGAGGAAAACAGAUUACUUUUCAAAGAUGGCAAGGACGACUCAUACGUCAUCAUAACCCAAUCUACCAUUUUCCACCCCCAAGGCGGUGGUCAACCAUCCGAUGAAGGCAUUAUGGAGAACGAAGAAGGAAGCAAAUUCAGCGUCCAAAUGGUACGUAUAAGCGCCACCACCGACGGAGAAGUUCUCCACUUCGGUUCAUUCACCACUCCAGCUCCCACUCAAUUUCUCCCGGGUCAAGAAAUCACCCAGAAAAUCGACCUGGAAAAACGUCUCUUGUACUCUCGUUACCAUACCGCCGGCCAUGUUCUCGGAUCUGCAGUUCGUCAUCUCGUUUCCUCUUCUGUUCCCAAUUUCGACGAAACGAAAGCUUCGCAUUUCCCCUCUUCCGCUGCGUGUGAGUUUGCCGGCCUCAUAGAAAGUACCUGGAAAACACCCAUCCAGCAAAAACUCGACGAGUAUAUCGAGGCGGAUAUGCCCGUUGAGAUUCACUGGUGGGAUGAGACAGAUUUCAUCGCAAACGGAAUGGAGAGAUUGAUGCCCGAUCGAGCAGCUAUGGGAAUGACGAAGGAGGAGAAGUUCAGAGUGGUGAAAAUCGUGGGCGCAGAAACUUAUCCUUGUGGUGGCACACAUGUGGAUAGUACGAACCAGUGUGGAAAGACGACUGUGAAGAAGAUUGCGAGAUCGAAGGGGACGAGUAGAGUCGGAUAUACGCUUGGUUGA